UUGGGGGCAAACAGUUCUUACAGUAGCAUAAGAUAUAAAUUGAGGAAUUACAGCAGUGCAUAUAUUGGAGAGCAACUACUACAUGAAAACUGAAACAACCAAUAAUCUCACAGCAGAUCACGGCAUCCAAAACCAACAAAAUGAAGAGUUUUCUUCUACUCGUCCUCUCACUGAUGGCAGGUUGUCAGGCCAGGUCUGAAGUGAAGGGAUGUCUACAAGGAUGGGUUGAAUUCACCUGCAAAUAUCCAGAACCAAAAAGAAAAUAUACAGAUAUUUAUGUAGAUAAUCCAAGACAAACACACACACACAGCACUGAAAAGGAUGUGUGGGAAAUCAAAGGCAGCUUUUCCCUGUUCCAUGAUACCAGAAAUAAAAAAGUCAGGGUGGCCAUCAAACAACUUGAACAUGAGGACUUUGGGGUCUACCAGUGUGACUUUUACCAAUAUGAGUGCGCCACUGACGCAGUGGAACUAGACCUGGUAGAUGGAAAACAUGGCUGCCAGGCUCCAUUUAUCCAAACUGCGUACAGAACAGCUAAAACCACCAUCACAUGCGAUUAUCCAGGAAACACACACCUGUCCAGUGUCAAGGUUUUCUGCAAAGACAACAAUUUAAUCUGUGAGGAUAUUUUAUCAAUAAAAUCUUCCUCACUGUCAAAUGGGACAUUCACUCUCAGAGAAACCAGCAGUGGCUUCAACGUGUCCAUCAGUGAUGUGUCCUCACAGGAUGCUGCUGUCUACUGGUGUGGAGUGGAAUCAAAUGACGGACGUUACCGAGCGGCAUUCAGAAAAAUACAACUGCAGGUUAAAGAUAUUACUACCUUCUCGAGGUCUCUAACCGCUGGACAGAAUUUUACUUACUGGUGUAGAUAUCCAAACGGUGCUUCCGUAAAGAAAUUCAUCUGUAAGGGAGAGGAUCCAUCUGUAUGUCAACGUCUAGCAAGCACUGCAUCGCCCAAAAAGAACACAAAGUUUUCCAUGAAGGAUGACAUAGAGAAGAGAAAUAUCACCAUAACAGUGAGAGAAGUAACAACAGACGACACUGGGACAUACUGGUGUGGAGCAGAAAGCACUGCCCAGGGACGCAGUAACCUCUUCUUCAACAGACUUCUGAUGACUGCAGUUCCCUCUGCAACAUCACCACCAUCUUUCACACAACCAGUGACUGUUCCUUAUGGCAGUUUUGAUCACGCAUCUGUGUUGACCAUUGUUGUGGCUCUCGCUUUGGAUGUGCUGCUGUUGCUGCUUAUGCUCACCACAUAUUUUCUCUACACACGAUUUGCCUCUUGUUGGAAUACAAGGAGAGGAGCAUGAAGCAAAAGCAAAGAGAUCGAGUCAAAUCUCUGCAGAUACAGGAGCAAAACCAAAAGCCAGAAUCAAGUCCCGUUCUGUAUUUGAUUUACAUCACCUAAUCACUGGUAACGUUCUAACAAGCCCCUCGACUUCGCUGCGCUGCUCUAUCUUCAACUUCCAAAACAUCUCAACAAAGCUGAUGUACUCGUCCUACAACCAGCUCCACAGUGGUCAGCAUACUUUGCCUUUACCUUGUCUGUAUAUUUUUAGAUGCACCUGGUUAUCAACAAAUUGUUGCAGUUCUAAACACUUGUGCAAUGGAUUCUGUGUCUGAAACAUGCUCUGGUCAACUCUGUAGUUUGCAGCAAUCACUUUACUCUUGAUAUGCACUUGUCUUUUGUUAUUAGACUUGGUUGCGUUUCCAGUAAUGGAACAAUAUGUUUAGGCUUCUUCUCUGACAGCUUCUUUUCAACAGAAUUUAGAUUUAGCUUUGUGUUGACGACACGACUGUCACCAUCUAUUUUCCCACACCACUUCUUCCUCAUCUGCCUGCACACUUGCCGCUGCAAUUUCCACAACGUGUGAGUCAUUUCCUGUCCAGGUACAACCAGGCAAUUACCACAUCCUGACUUACUUUGACUGGCUGUCAGUACUUUGGGUUAAAUGAGAUUUGUUGUUGUGCUUUCAUGGCAUAAAAGGGGUAAGAUAAAA